UAGAGGGGAAAGGAGAGCGGAUGGGAGUGGUUAAAGGAGAGGGAGGGAAAAUGAAGGGCCUCCCUCACCGUUGCCAGGGCAACUUGAUGUCACUGUGACAUCACGCACCACUAAAAGCUUUUAACCGGAUUCUUCUCCUGCCUUAGGCCCCAUUUUGAGUCCUCUUUCAGCUAGGCUAGGGGGAAGGGCACAGGCAGAACGGUGUGUGUGCCUUCUUGCAUGUAUCACUCCCUCACUGCAGAUUCAACACAGCUCUUAGCACAGUAAAAGACUUUCAAAUUCAACCUCUAAAGAUCCUAUUUCUGCAAACACAGCCUGCACAGGCCAAGAGAACCAUUUCAAAAAUGGCAACAGAGGAUGGUUUCAGCUACCUAUUGCCAGGCCACAGUGAGAAACACAGGCGGGCCCCAAACUGGACCGACGGUGAAAUGAAAGCCCUCCUGUACGUGUGGGAGGAACACCACAACGAACUGAAAAUGAGCAAGAGGAACGCUAAGGUUUACGAGAAGAUGUCCCAGAGGUUUUUCCAGCUGACCGGAGAGCAGCGCUUCAAAGAGGAGAUCAAGAUGAAAAUCACCAACAUGUCUUUUCAGUACAGGCGACUGAAAUCCACAGUCAGUGAAAGUGGGGAGACGCCGGACUGGCCGUAUUAUAAGCCCAUCGAGAAGAUCCUCUCCAAGCCGCUGGAGAACGGGCGGGUGAACUCUCUGGAGUUCCAGGCCUCCGCUGCAGGUCCCUCCACUUCCUCCCAGUCUACAGACAAUCUGGUGCCCCAGUCAGAGGAGGGGAUGAUGGGAUUCCUGCCAGAGUACACAGGCUCCUCAGAUGAGAUGGAGAUAAAACAAGAGCUGGACUCUUUGAGCUCUGACAGUGAGCACACACAGGGCUCCAGCUCGCACCCUACUUCAGCCAGGAAAAGGCAUGCCAACAAGCACCUGUCCAUGAAGAGAAAGAAACUGCGAGUGAUGCAGGCCAUGUUGCAGCAACAAAGGAGGUCGAGUCGGGCCAUAGAGGAGACGUGCAGGGAGGUCCGUCGAGCCCUGCACCAACAGAACCUCCUCCAGGUCCAGUGUCUGCAGCUGCAGGAACGUAUGAUGAACCUUCUGGAGAAGAUGAUCCAGCCUCCCUCCGCCACGUCAGCAUCAUGGGGUCAGAGCGGGGUUAAAGAGCCAGGAAAGCCAUGAAGUGUGAGGGUUAUGAUUGUCUGGGAGAGAUCAUGGUCUUGCCUCACCUCUAGCCUUGUUGAAGCAAAAAUGUAAAAGUAUAUUUAUUAUGGAUUUCAGUUUAACAUUGAACAUUUUAAGGUUUAUCGUCUCGCAUAGGUCAAAGUAUAGCUUUUAUCAGUGCAGAGAUGCUAUAGAGAGGUGCCAGAAAUAUGCUGUCACCAUUUCUGAAGGUGUCCUCAGCAUUUACCUACAGUAAAUCAGGUUCCAAUCUGAGUUGUCAUUGUCAGGAUAGCUGUAUCAGAUCUUCUUUCUUGAUAAUUUGCCAAGUACCCUAAUAAAAGCACUGUGGGAACAACAGCCUUGCAAAACCAGA